GCUAGUCUAAGCUCGAUCGAGCCUGAGUAGCACUCUGACUUAGGCAAGGCGAGCUCGAGCAGCCUAGAGCUCGGCUCUGGCUCUGGCUCCCUCAUUUAUGUGGGACCCACUCAUGCAGCAUUCGGCUUUAGUCGAGUUGGGCUCAACAGUAAUUUUCCAAAUUAUAAAACUCUACCAAGUAAACGCCCUCUAUCUCUUCCCUCACCUACAAUUCCAAAGAAACUCGCAUUGCAUUACAGUACAGCACUGCUCACUAACCUAGAUGGGUCCUUUGACACUGGCAGUCAAUGCGAAAAGCACUUCAAUAACGUUUUCAGAUGCAUCCAAUAGGAAAACAGGAAACCUGCAUCUGGAAUCAAAAAAGUUUUUUGCAUCUGUCAGCACAAGAGAAGAAAAGCCAUUUGAUUUCUUACGUAUUUUAUUUGAGGGUGUUAUAGCUGGGGGCACCGCUGGUGUUGUUGUUGAAACAGCUUUGUACCCAAUUGAUACAAUAAAGACGAGACUCCAGGCAGCUCACGGUGGAGGAAAGAUAGUUCUGAAGGGGCUUUAUUCUGGAUUGGCUGGAAAUCUUGCUGGUGUCCUACCGGCUUCUGCCAUGUUUGUUGGUGUUUAUGAGCCUACAAAGCAGAAAUUGUUAAGGAUUUUUCCUGAAAAUCUUAGUGCUGUGGCUCAUCUGACAGCAGGUGCCAUUGGAGGGCUAGCUGCUUCUCUCAUCCGUGUUCCAACAGAGGUUGUCAAACAAAGGAUGCAGACCAGGCAAUUUGCUUCAGCUCCUGAUGCUGUCCGACUUAUUGUUUCUAGGGAAGGUUUCAAGGGUCUCUAUGCGGGAUAUGGAUCUUUUUUACUGCGAGAUUUGCCAUUUGAUGCAAUCCAAUUCUGCUUAUAUGAGCAGCUUCGAAUAGGUUAUAAGCUAGCGGCAAAGAGAGAUUUGAAUGAUCCCGAGAAUGCUAUUAUCGGUGCUUUUGCUGGUGCCCUAACUGGAGCUAUAACGACUCCCCUCGAUGUGAUUAAGACUAGGUUAAUGGUUCAGGGAUCAGGAAACCAGUACAAAGGGAUCUUUGAUUGUGUUCAGACUAUAAUCAGGGAAGAAGGUCCUCCUGCACUCUUGAAGGGCAUUGGGCCCAGAGUUCUAUGGAUAGGCAUUGGAGGUUCAAUAUUCUUUGGUGUUCUUGAGAGUACUAAGCGAUUACUUUCCGAGAGGCGUCCCAACCAUCGUCAACACUCAGACUCCUCAAAGCAGGAUUGAUAGUUAACUGAAUUCCAUGGGACGUGUGUACCUGUAUAUUUUUGCAGUUUCAUUUUUAGGGUCCGUUUCUUUAGGAUGAGAAUUCUGAGGGAAGCAAGAUUUUAGGUUCUUCAUUAAGGUUAAUGUAUUUUGUGACAUUCAGAGGAAACAAGUAGGGAAUGUGCCUUAAUCUUCUACUCUCCGGGAAAGUUUCUUUUCUGACGCAUUCAUUCAAUUCUUUGUCUUUUAAGAAUGGAUUUUUAUAAUCCGAGAAGAGAAGAGCCAAGGAUGACAUCUACUUCAGCUUCCUGUUGCUGGUUCUGCUCAAAGUCUGCUAUCAGUAAGAAAUGUGGGACUGGGUUUUAUUUGUACCAAUAAUGUAAUAUACAUUAUUCAAUAAUGACUAAAGACUCUCCUACUUUUUAUGAAAAAAUAAAUUAGCAGUUUACCACUAUAAAUGGUGUUUGCAGGCGAUGUCUUUUGCCGGACUAGGAGGGCAUUUUGGAUUUUUAUUAAAAAAUUGGUCAAAAUGGCUGAUUAUUUGGUAAUUUGCACCAAAAAAAUAAAAAAAAGGGUAGAGAUUUUUUUGCACAUUUUGUAUAUAGUGGUGGUGUUUAUUGCACUUAAACCAUAUGUAUUUAUUUAUUUAUCUCUUAAAUCUUAAUCUUGCAAGUGUUUUGUUGUUACAAGGGGGACUUGUUCCACAUCGGAUCCGGAUGGAAAGUGACAUGGGUAUAAAUGGGUGGAUAUACAGUAUUACUCAACAAUUCGAACUUUUAGAUAAAUGGGCAAGCGUCCACUCGUUACAGUUAGUAUCAGAGCCAGACCCAAUCCUUGAUUCGGUGUCACGCCAAGCGUUCGCCCGCAAGGCGUCCGGGUGAGCCACCCCGGGGUGUCAGGGUAGCCUGACCGCAACGAGGGCGUUGUGAGUUCGGGUGGGGGAAGAAUGUUACAAGGGGUAUUUGUCUCACAUCGAUCCGGAUGAGAAAUAACAUAAGUAUAAAUGCGCUACCUAGCAGUUCGAACUUUUGGAUAAAUGGGUAAACGCCCCACCCCGUUACACUUGUCUAUUCUUAAAUGAAGUAUUUAUAUUUUGUUGAUAAUGGGGGUAAAAGUGUCUACAACAGAUGAUAUCCACCGUUCAUUACUCAAUACAGCCUAUAUGAAAUAUGUAUAUUUUUCAAAUUAUAAGGUUUAAUGUUUGCUAUUAAAAGUUGUAGAUUGUAGUAUUAAUCACUUAAUCUAAUCGAGAGAGAAAAAAUGCUGAUGUUUGCGAGUUACCUUAAUGGAGGUUAAAGACUGACAAUAAAUAACAAAAUGCAAUGUUAAAAUUAAAAACAGAAACAAGGAAGAAAAAUUCUCAAUUGCACAAUAGCCAUCUCAUACAGAGAGAUUGAAUACCUAAUAGAGGUAAAUUUUCCAACCGUACGCUACACUUCAAAAUGAAAUUGACCAGAAUGUAAUAACAAAAAUUUACUGAGCGCUUGGACUUGGAAUCUGUUACAAUACAAUACAACAAAAUAGAUGGAAAGAAUCAGGCUCUCACAAACUGUUUUGCUAUACAGAUUGUAUUCCUUGUAAAAGAAUGAUGUACAUUUCUUAUGAAAAAACAUAAAAACUAAAUCAAUACGCUCAAAUCAAUGGGACAAAACUCACGGGGGGGGGGGGGGGGGGGGGGGGG